GGUAAAAUUGAUAACUCCAAAAGUCAAAGUGACGGUGAGAAUCAAAAAGAGAAUCAAGAUCACAUCGAAAGUCGAGUGGGUCAAGCGGCUUUGUAUGGCAUAUAUUAUGAUGACACGGAGUAUGAUUAUCUUCAACAUUUAAAACCAAUUGGUGAAGAGGGUGGUGGUGGUUCUGUGUUCAUUGAAGCCUCACCGGGGAAAAAUCAAGAAAAGAAAAAAGGGGGGAACCUCUCGUUAGUUAAAGAUGAGGAACUGAUCAAUCAGGAGAGUUCGAAAAAAGAGAAAAAAGUAUCAAUAGUUUUACCCAAAGAGGUAUUGCCUUCAAAGGAAGAAAUACCAAUUGACCAUCUUGAUCGAUCCUACAUCCCAGAUGAUUUGCAAGGAUUUCAACCGGACUUGGAUCAAAACCUUCGAGAAAUACUUGAGGCUCUUGAAAAUGAAGCGUACGUGGAAAAUGAUCUGAGCGACGAUUUUUUUGCUGCCCUUAAUGACGAAGGAGAAAAUGAUGAUGAUCACGAAGAGGGCAGUGACCUUUACGAAGAUGACAGGAGGUCAAGAACGACUGGUUACUCUAUGACGAGUUCUAUCAUGUAUAGAAAUGACAAACUUCGGUUGCUAGAUGAUCAAUUUGAAAAG